AUGGUUUCGAUCAUGCAAGGAGAAAAGUAUGCCAAUUUACUGAAAACAAUUCCACUAUCAAGUGACACUGUUCAUCGUCGUAUCAAUCUACUUGCUGAUGAUAUCAAAAUACAACUUAUAGAUCGCGUGAAAGGGAGUCCCUAUUAUGCUAUUCAGCUGGAUGAAAGCACUGAUGUGGCUAAUGUAGCUCAACUUCUGAUAUUUAUCCGAUACCGAUAUGAAAACGAUAUAUGCGAAGAUUUGUUAUUUUGUCAGGGAUUAGAAGGAAGAACAACCGGUGAAGCAAUUUUUAAUGCAGUUCAUACCUUUUUUGAACUCCAUGACAUAAAGUGGGAAUAUUGUGUAUCUGUGUGUACAGACGGCGCAGCUGCAUUGACCGGCUCCAAAACAGAAUUCAAAGCAAAAGUAACUGAGAUUGCACCUCACGUAGGCUUUGUUCACUGUAUGAUUCACCGUGAAGCCCUUGCAGUAAAACAUUUGCAACCAGAUGUAAAUAAAGUGUUGGAACAAGUCGUAACAAUAAUAAAUUUUAUUAAAGCUCGCGCAUUAAACAGUCGCCUUUUCAAAAUAAUGUGUCGUGAAAUGGGAUCAGAAUACGAAAAUCUACUGUUACAUACGGAGGUCAGGUGGUUAUCGCGAGGGAAAACACUCCGACGUGUAUUUGAUCUCAAAGAUGAAAUCAGAAUAUUUCUACUUGAACGGGAACCAAAGCUAGCGGAAUAUUUUUUGAAUGAAAAUUGGUUGGCAAUAGUUGGCUAUCUUUCGGAUAUUUUUGAAAAACUUAACGAUUUAAAUCAAUCGUUGCAAGGGAAGAGUACAAAUGUAUUGAUUUUAGCUAACAAAAUAGCUUUUUGUAGGAAAAUAAGUUUGUGGAUAGACGAAAUCAGUGCUGAAAACUACGAGAUGUUUGCAUGUUUGGAAAAAUUUCUGAAGAAAACAGUAUAA